CAGCAUCUGCUCGUCACCGAGAAGAGCUUCGGUUUGGUUCGCUAAGCACGACCUGCCCAGCGACGCCCGCACUUCAGGCCCCCAGGUUACUUCUCCACGGGACUGGCCUCGGGCGUGCUGUUGUGCGGGGCUCAGAGACGCAGCGGCGGCUGGCAGAAUUCUGACUCGUUGUCGUCUGUCGCGGCGCUGGGGCUGUGGGGGGGCUGCGUCAAGGAGGCACUGGACUCGAACGUUCUGUCAUUCCGAGGCGGCGGGGCCGAGCUAACGGGGCCGCAGGCCCCGAGGGGCGCACUCUCCCGUCGCAGCCGACCACGGCGGGGCACUGCUGCAGGGAGCCCAAGGCCCCGCCAGUCUUUGGAAGGAAGCCGAGUUUUUCUAGGAGCUCUGUUUUUUUAUGAUCACGAUGAGAAAUUUAGACAGUGAUGAUCUGAUAAAUGACAAGCUUCACAAGCCCACGAGCUCGAAAGAAUGGUUGAAACCUCAGCCACUUUCUUUUAUGGAGGCAUUAGCUAAAGAAGAUAUUGAUGCAGCUAUUCAAUCAAUAUUAUAUAGAGAAAUUUAUGUAAUUAAGGAACUAGAUAAGUAUUUACAACAUCAUGACUUCUUAAAGGCAAGAAGAAAAGAGAUGUUACAUAAAAGAUGGGCUGACCAUGUGGCACAUCCUCUCCAGAAGAAAAUUAUAGAAAAAGUUUGUUCAUAUAAGAAGAUUAAAAAAAGGAGACAAGAAGAAUUAGAUGGUUUUUUAAAGCAUGUAAAUAAAAAGGGAAAUGCAUUUAUAGAACAUUAUGAUCCAAAAGAGUAUGAUCCUUUUUAUAUGAGCAAAGAGGACCCGAAUUUUCUGAAGGUUACCAUUCCACCAUUUCGUGACCCUUUGAAAAAGGCACAAUAUGAUAAAGAUGAUGAAAAAAGAACUCUUCUUCAGUGUGAGACUGGCAAAAUAUAUACAAUGAAAGAAUUUAAAGAGAUUGAAGAGGCCAAACUGCAUUCCAGAUUCCCAAGAAUUUCUAAUUCAAGGCACUUUAUGACUCCAAAUGAGUGGCUUAAGCUGCCUACAACCUACAUAGAAAGUGAAUUUUGUAAAAGGAGCAGGUUAAAAGUGAAAACGAAUUUUAAUGAUUGUAGUUUCGAUUUGAAACCUUUGACCAGAACUCCUCAUCCUGUGGAAUCUCAGCAGGAAGAAAAAUCAGUUAUUUACAAAAACAAAGGAUCAUCCUUUCUGGAAAAAGAACCUCUAUGUUUUCAUGAGAGAAAGAAUUCAAGUCUCAAAGAGGCCAACUCUGAAGGUCACUUCCUUGACCCUCAGCAGGAGAUAGAAAGGGAUGGGGACCAGGAUGCGGUGAGAGCUGAGAGAGUCCUAUUUUGCCAUAUACAAGGAAUCCUAUUACCUAUGGCUUCCAAGAAAGCGCCCACCUAUGGCGAACAUUUCAGGCCAGAAAAAUUGAAAGAAUGGCCAGAGCCCGAGUCAGUUGCUUUCAUGGAGGCAUUAGCUAGAGAAGACAUUGAUGAAGCUGUACGUGCAAUAUUACUUAGAGAAAAUUACGUUGCGAAGAGAUUGGAUACAUAUUUUCAGCAUGUGGAUAUUUUUAAGGAAAGAAGAAAAGAGAUGUUACAUAAAAAAUGGAUUGAAAAUGUUGCAGAGCCUCUUCAGCAUAGAAUUACAGAGAAAGUAAUUUCAUACAGAGGGUUGGAAAAAAAGAAACAAGAGAAUUUUGAAUAUUUUUUACAGCACACCAAUAAAAGGGAAAUUGUAUUUGGAGACCUUUAUGAUCCUGAAGUAUGCAAUCCUUUUUAUAUGACAAAAAAAGACCCAAAUUAUGGAAAGGUUAUGGUCCCCUCAUUUUGUGAUCCUCUGUUUAGAAGACAGCAAGAGCUGGAUGAAGAGAAGAGAGCUGUUUUUCAAUACAAAACAGGAAAAGGAUGUACCUUAAAAGAAUUUAAAGACCUAGAGAAGGCUGGGCUUUAUGCCAAAUUGCCCCAAUUCGCUUUUACUCUACAUAGUGCUAUUCCAGAAGAGCAGCACAAAGCCUCUGCCAGAUCUGUGAUAAGCAGAACUCAUAGAAAAUGCAGUUCUGAAAAAUUUACCUGUUCAGAAAAGAAAUGUCUGCCUGAUAAAGAGAACAAGACUGCUGAUCUAAGUCAGACUGUCCUUGAAAGAAAGUUUCAUGCCUCGAAGCUCAGCCAGGAGAAUAAAAGGGACGAGAAGAAUUGUGUGGUUGGAGGAACCAGACAGCACAGACCGCGAUCCUGGGCGGCUGGGGAAGGCCAGCAUAAGCAGGGGGCACGGCGCAUGGAAAGGAGAGUGAUGACGGCAGAGGUCCUGGGGCGGCACCAGGCCUCCCUGCAGCUGGCGCUCAGCUCCCUGAGAAGAUGUGUUUCCUGAGAAUCAGGGCUCCUGCAGCCUGUGUGGUUCUUUCCAAAAGACAGCUUUUUUUCCAGUUGCACCCAGGGAUUUAGUGGGUAAGAUACUAUUUUUUAUCAGUGUUCAAAACAAAUUUCCUACUUCAGACUCCAGAGCCCAAACAAGCAGCUCUCACGGGCGUGGAUGUGGCUCCGACAGGACGGGGGACAGGGAGAGACGCUGCUGGAGCUGGAGGCUGAGGGCCUGCGGGGGGUGUUUAACAAAGUCUGUGCAUUUUCUUGAGUUCUAAGUCACCUCUGAGGUUGCUGCUCGCCUGGCAAGCAGAGGGACUCAGAAGGGUCUUGUUCCCACAGAGGUCAGCAGUCUAGCCAUCAAAGAUAACCAAGCCUCAGAAACAGGACGUAAAUGCACCAGUGUCCUAGAGCAAGUGAGAGUCAAGACGAGGCUGCAGGGUCUCCUAGGCACCCCCCCUACCCACGCUGCCCUUGGUUUUUGCUACUGUAGCAGAAAGCAAAUUUGGUUUCAUUACCAGCAACCCUUGAACCUACCUUUUAUUUUUAUUUUAUUUUUUGAAAGAUUAUUUGAGAGAGCAAGAGAGAGAGCACAAACGGGGAGCAGGAGAGGGAGGCGCAGACUCCCCACUGAGCAGGGAGCUGAAUGGGGGACUGGAUCCCAGGACCCUCAGAUCAUGACUUGAGCCGAAGGCAGACAC